CCCCUACUCUUUCUGCUGUUGGCUAGGUCAUCGAUAUCGAUCCCCACCCCACCCGUCAAUGCAAGGGAUAAUCCAGUUCACCUCCCCAAUCAACUAAAUUCUGCCCCCGGCGAUCGUGAGAGCGCCGACGCCCCGAUCGAAUCACCGGACCAGUGAUGCCGGUUGCCGUCACACAUGAGGAGGGGGAGGGGUCCGGAUCCAGGAAAUCCUGCUCCCCUGCGCUCCGUCGAGGCAGGAAGCGGAACAGGGGUGGGACCUCUACCGCCGAGGCCAUGACGACCCGGUCGAGGGCGCGCGAUCAGCAGCAAUUCUCGCGCUCCAAAUCGGCAAGGAACAAGCUUGAUGGGAGCGGUGAGAGAUUGCCAUCGGAGGGGUGCGGGAAAAGGAAAAAAGCCAAGCUUGAUGGGAGCGGCCGGCGAGUAUCAUCGGAGAGGUCCUCCAGGAAACGGAAAAGGAGGUUGGAGAGGAAGGCAAAGAAGAGAACUAGGGGGGAGGAGGAGGAGGAUGGCUCCUGCUCCUCUGCAGGCAGCUCUCCGCUUCGCGAGCCUUACAUGCCCCAUGACAUUGUAAUAGGAAAAUCCAUCGACCCUUUGAUAUACGACAAGUAUAGCGAUAUGCAGGACAAGUACUACCGGAAAAUAGCUCGCCAGAUGGAAAUACCCAUGCUUUAUGAGCGUACACCUCCAAAUUGCCUGGUUAAUGAUCCAACCCUCCUUCACAUCCGUGAACCUGCAAGGCAGAUAGUGCUUUCUGCUGCUCAAUUUGUCGUUGGCCUUUCUUCCUCAAUAGAUGGUAAGCCGCUAGCAUGGUGUUCUGGUAUAUUGAAGGAUUUGGAUAGAAAGAAGAGAACUGGUACCGUUGUGACGACUGCACAUCUGAUUCGCACGGCGCGUCCAUCACCGGAUGCUUGGUUAUGCAGAGACGAGUAUGCUUCUAAUGUUAAGGUUACUGUCCACUUGCGGGGUGGCGCCGUUGCAAAGGGCCGCCUGCUCUACCACCAGAAGCACUAUAAUCUUGCUUUCUUCAGGGUUAAAAUGCAUCAAUCUAUUCAGUUACCCCAUUUUAUCGAUAAAGUGGAAUGUGCUCAAGACAUUUUUGAGCUUGGAAGAGAUGAAUCUGUCAAACUAGUGAUACAUCAUGGUAGAGUGAAAUAUUCGAAUCCAGACGUGUAUGAGCGGAAUCACCAUAUGCGCAUUGAAGGUCCACAUCGAAACCGUGAGUAUGAUAAUGGAGGUCCUGUCAUUGACUUAGACGGGAAGGUUGUGGGAAUGAUCGACAGUUGUCCAGAAGGGUCUUUUAUACCUUCUUCAAUUUUACUCAAGUGCUUUCAUCUGUGGGAAAACUUUGGGCGCAUCCGUCGACCCCACCUUGGAUUGAAAUUUUCUGCCAUCAGCCUUCUAAACCCUGUUCAUGUUGAGGAUAUAUUGAUCAAGCAUAAGAUUAAGGAGGGUCUUAUUGUUCUAGAGGUGUCAGCAGACUCUACUGCUGAAAAAUGUGGAAUUCGAGUUGGGGAUGUGGUUGAACGUGUCAAUGGAAAAUGCAUUUCUACUGUUGUGGAGUUAGAAGACAUGUUGCUGAGCAUAGUGGUGAACAGUGAAGAUGGCCUUGAUUCUGAUCUGGAUGUGGAGAUUCAGAUAUACUGCACGCGUAGACAUCUUCGGAGAAUCAAAGUAUUGACUGUGAAGGUAUCUGAAGAUGCUGAAUUUGUUGCAAGAGGCUUACAGGUUUUCUCAGCUUCCGGUCUGGUGACUUCUUCACCCCGUACUUCACCCAGUACUUCACCAAGUGAGCCCAGGCUAGAGGAGGAACGUUGUUACGCCUAUUAAGUACCAGGAGGAAGGAGAGGAGGAGGUAGUCUCGUCAUGAGCUGUUUUUUGUGCUUUGGUUUAGUAUUCUGUAAUGGGUUUGAAGCACACCUAGUGGAUAGCGUACAUUGUAAUGGAUUAGACGCAUCUACUGGAUCAUAUAUAGUGCACCAUUGCAACUUGCUGCGUCCGCCCGCCAGAGACACGUGUUGUCUUGCUCCUAUUUGACGUGAACAUGAUUUUAUCUCAUAUAUCUAAAAUAGCCGUUUGCCCUGCUUUAGAAAUAAAGCAACAUUUUAUAUGAUCAUAAA